GUGUAACCACUGAACUGAAUCUUGAGUCACGGGUUAAGACUCGGCUUUACGCCUAGAAGUCUCGGCGUUGUCUCAAUCUCGCUGUGUAAUCACUUCUUCAAUUCUCUCACUGCAUCACCACGAGGCAGCUCAUUCCAGGGAGGGUUUAGGAUGGUUCUCCCUUACCAUCUCAUCAAGGUGUGCGGCAACACUGUCUUUGCCGCACAGGGGAGUGACAUUCACUCCUUCAAUUCGGGCCUCGAGUAUGUCUCGACUUGGAAGUACCCGGUGCAGCAAACGGACGAGUCAAAUGGUCCCUCUAUCGAUGCCCAGGAGUCACCGGCGCAGGAAGAACCACCCACCAAGCGAAGGAAGGUUGAGCCAGGCCAGGAAGAGGGUCCCAAAGGCCGCCGUGCGAAAUAUAAAAAUGGGCAGUCAAAGGGCAACAAGCCUGCCAAGCACGACGUUCCCGGCAAUGAGAGGCCGUUCGUCCAAGGGCUCUAUGCCACCACCGAUGGCCGCCAUCUAGUAGCCGUCACGGGAUCUGACAAAACCAUUUGGGUAUUCGAGCACGACGGCGUGGGCAAUUUAAACCAACUCAGCCAGAGAGCAAUGCCAAAACGGCCCUGCUCCCUUACCCUCACACAUGACAACCUCACCAUUCUCUCAGCCGACAAAUUCGGCGAUGUCUACGCCCUCCCCUUGCUCCCCUCUCCUAUUCCCACCACCACCACCACCUCGGCCACCCCCGGAGCAGCCACCCCGUCCGCCCUCUCGCCACCCACCUCAGGACCGGACGAAUCCCGCAGCGCGAGCGCCACCCCCUCUACCGCAACCCCAUCCGCCAUCAAGCCGCAAGCGACCGCGCUAACAGUCCACACCAAACGCAACCUCAGAGCGCUCGAACACCAAAAGAUCUCCCUCGGCCGCCGCGCCCUGCAAGAGCAGCCCAACCGCCCGCAGUUCGAGCUCACCCUGCUCCUAGGACACGUCUCCAUGCUCACCGCCAUCACCGUCGGCACCACCACCACCGCCACCGCCAGCACCGAAGCGGGCGGGACGCGGGUCCGCGAGUACAUUGUGACGGCGGACCGCGACGAGCACAUCCGCGUGUCGCGCGGCAUGCCGCAGGCGCACGUCAUCGAGCGCUUCUGCCUGGGCCACGAGGACUUUGUCAGCCGCCUGUGCAUGGCGCCCGGCGGGCGGGCCGAGGUGCUGAUCUCGGGCGGCGGGGACGACGACCUGUUCGUGUGGGACUGGGUCAGGGGCGAGCUGCUUGGCCGGGCCGGGGUGCUGGAGCAUGUGAAGGGGGUUGUGGGCGGGGAGGCGGCGAGUAAGGUUGCUGUGACGAGGGUGUUCGCGUGCGGGUGGGAAGGGGGGGUGGAGGUGUUUGUGGUCGUGGAGCGCGUCCCCGCGCUCUUCCGCUACGAACUCCUCGAGGACAACACCCUCCACCACCGCGAGACCAUCCCCACGCCAGGCAACCCGCUGGACGUCGAAGGAAUCGAGGUCCCGGGUGCGGCGCCACGCCUUCUGGUCGCCGUUUAUCCCAGCGGUUCCACCGAUGGAAGCAGCAACUCCUCGUUCAUCGUGCUGGACAAAGGCGAGUCGGGCUGGCGGCAAACGAGUGUUGAGAACCUCCCCGCCGGCGGAGACAUUGCCAUCAGUGAGACUGAGCUGCAGAAGAUGCUGUAUUCUACCGAAACUCUACGCAAGCUCUCGGAUUUUGACUGA